AGGAGGAACAGGAAAAGUGGAAUUGGUCCAACCAAGCAGUUGGACCUCCCAGCAGACCCCUCUGAAACACUGAUGACCACCCGAUUUCUCCAGGUAUUGAUGUGUGACCUGGGGGAUGGUGACGGCUUUCUUCACUACUUGACUCGGUUUGAGGAUCCUCAGAAGACCCAUAACCUGCUGCUGUGGAGGAAGCUGAAGCUCUAUGAGGCUGCAUGGGCGCAGGAGGCAAGCCAGUCAGAAAUUCACCAUACUGCUUGGCAGAUUUUUCGGACAUUUAUGGCAUCUUAUGCGGGCUGCAACACAGGGCUUAGCUCCCUUAUACUGGAAUACAUCCAGUAUCUUGAGAGGAUGCUUUCCUUUGGCAGUGAAGACCUGAAGCCUUCCACUUUUGAACCAGUGGUUCCCUAUAUUCUGGCUGUUCUGGAUGAGAUGUGGCUCCAUUAUCUUCGCCAUGAAGUCACAACUUUCCUUGAAUACUGUGUACCGAAAUCUCAUGACGAUGACCAAAGUAUCAUGAGUGAAGGUGAUAGAGUGAAACAGGAGGGAAACGAGAGGAUAAAGAAACGGAGGCAGAAUGCGUGGCCACAUCAAGACCAAAAAGACAGAGGGAGACACAUGAAAAGGAGCAGGAAGAAGGCAGCCAUGACAUCUCGCUGCACAGGAAGUGUUGCUGAGCAAGAGACAACUGGAGAGAGGUCACCAAGCCCUCAAGAUGUGCCCAUCCCUCAAAAUGCACUGGACCUGCUCAGCAACGCCGUUGUUUUAAAUGUUUAUAGGAAGGUGGCCAAAAUUCAGGAUGUGGCGCUGCAAAGGAUUCUGGGACUGCUCCAGGAAGUGGAGGCUUGCCAGGAUGCUGCCCAGAUUGAAAAGCGCCUGGGCUGUGUGACAAGACUUCUAGAGAUCUGGGAGAAGCCGGGGGCUGUGGGAUCAAGUGCCUGCUUCCCAGAAGAGCUGAAGAUGAGGUUAAAGAAAGAGGUAGCCCGGGGAGGGAUAAGUGACUCCAGUUGGAAGGAAACCCGACUCUCUCUGCAUUCCUUUCUGGCCCCUGCUUUUGAGCAGUUCUGGGAUGAAGUGAGUGAGGGGCUGAGGAAGCAUGGGGUGCAGCCCGCCGAGAUCCCAGAGGAGCGCUGGGGCAAGCUGGAGCCGUUCCUACACUCCAUUGCCGCCAAAGUGGCUCUCAGGCGUUUAAAGAGCCAGAAAGCUCGCGGUGGAUCAGCAGCCACAGCUCAGCCUGUGAAGGGGGACAAGACUUCUUUCUGGCAGUCCCUAAGGGAAGCCGCAGAGGGCUGGCCCACCAUCGAGAUGCUCCAUUUCCUCAAACACCUCCAGGGGCAUGGCCCCCCUGUGCUGGAGAGCGGCCUCCAUUUUCUACUGGAGGUGCAGAAAUUCAAGAACGCCCACCACGCCUGGCCUGACAUGGCUCUUCUGAAGAAGAAAGUCCAUGUGAUACGCGACUGUUUUCUCAACUCUCAGAUUGAGCCCCGGCUACAGGUUGCAGUGGAUACUCGGAGGCUGGGGAGAGCUAUCCGGGCAGCUGAACAGGCCGUCCAGGAAGAGAUUCGUACCCCUCCAAGCUUGUUUGAUGAGUUGAAGGAUUCAGUCUUUAAUAUUCUGCUCCCGUACUGGGCCGCUUUCCAAAAACACUGGCUCAAGCUCCCUGCAAGCGCACAAAAAGCCCCAGUGUUGAGAAAUCAGCUUCUCCUCCAGAAGAGGCGGGCCAUGCUCGAAAAGGUGCAAGGGCCACCAACACAGCUUCUUCAACUGCCACCGCUCCAGCGGCCCAGGGAAGUCCAGCAAAGCAGGGGUCAGGAGGGUUUUACUUACACCUUCUCCAUCAGCAAAGGCCUCACGCUACAGGGCAUAAGCAAAGAACUCAUGAGUCACAGCAAGACUAGCUCUUCUGGGUUUCAAAACAGGAAGAGGUCAACUGGAUUUCAGUUUCCCUCACUUCCCAAUUUGCCGGUGCUCACUUGACCAUGAAAGAAGGUACCACCAUUAUUCAGAUCCCAAGACUUUGCAUGAAUGCUGAGUGGCAGCCAGAAGCCACUAUGGAGAAUUUUAGAAUGAUUUCCCCAGAAAAUGCUAGCUUGAUGUAACAGAGGGGCACCCAAGAGCAAAUUCACAGCCAGGAGGUUGCGCAGAUGAGAACAUGUAUGUGUUGCAUGCACAC